GAACAGCGACGGUUGCUACGGAGACGGCGGCGGUUGCUAGGGACGCGGCGCGCUGAGCCCGGCCCAGGCCCUACCGCCCCGCACGUCGGUACGGAGCCGCGGGGUUAAGGGGGAGGCCCGGCCUGGUUUUCUGCGGCAGGGAAGGGAUUCCAACAGAGGGAAAACAUGAACGAGGUAAAGGCUACCCUAAAAAUCAUAGAAGACAACUACAAGCUCUUCCUGCAGCAGCAGUUCACAUUUAUCGGAGCUCUGCAACACACCCGAGAGAAUGCACACGACACGAUCAGACCUGUGGCAAGCAUCAGCCAGGUACAGUCCUACAUGGACCACUACUGUAACAAUUUAACGGACAGGCGUAUCCUCACCAUGUUCCUAAACAUCUGUAACGACCUGGGCAAUCUCUGCCACAAGUUGGAAACUGUACAUCCUGGUAACAACACAACCAAUGAGAUUUUGGAAAGAUGCAAGCUGCUCCUUAACCACAGCAACGAUCUGAGCGCCAUCCGAGCUAAAUACCCCCACGACGUUGUGAAUCACCUGAGCUGCGAUGAAGCAAAGAAUCACUUUGGAGGUGUGGUGAGCCUCAUCCCCAUCGUCCUAGAUGGCGUGAAGGAGUGGGUAUCCCGCACUGAGAAGCUGCCACGGCGCAUGCUCUGUAACGUGAGUGGUGGAAGUGCUGCCUCUGAGAAGAGGUCACCCCAGGAUGCAGCAGCUAGGGCAGCCAUUUCCCCCACAACACCUUCCGUCCACCUCGAAACUCAGACCUCAAUUAGUAACAAAGAUUGCGUACAAGUGCAGGGGAAUAAGCAGGUCAGAAGGAAGCACGUGACUGACAGAGAAAAUCACUGUGGGAAACUUAAAGGCCCCUGGAAACCACCUGGCAGACAUGCCUUUUAAAGGAACAAAGUUCGUGCGUCUUCCACUUACCGCCUUUAAUCAGGUGGCUGAUUAAAGAUAGCGAAAUGAACGCUAGAGAUCCAAGUUCUGAAGAGUUAGUCCUGCCCGAUACAUCCUCCUCUUCCUUGCUGUCGUUUCCACUCUCCUCCUGAAAGUCAGAUCUCAACAGAAGCAGCUUUAUCACACACGGUCCCUUUGGCAAGUAUCGCGGUGAGAGUAACAGUGAGGAGUAAUCAGGUUCAAAUCACACUGGGCUUAUCCAUAAGAUCAGCCCCCCCCAGCUGAUCCCAUGGAAAUCGCCUGCUUUUUGGACCAAAGAAUCAGUGUUGACAGGACCCUAAUGCUAUUGGCUACAGGAAAGGUCAGCAUGCUUUAGCUACACCACCGGGGCCCCGCUGGGUCCCUGCAGAUCCUCACACCAUCAUCAGUACACACCACCCAGGACAUUUUCCCUAUGCCUGGUUUGACUCCUUUGCUGUCAGCAGGGCUAGAGGUAUAAAGGAUUCCUCCCCAGACCUCUGCAAAGCUAACGGGAGGUACUUUCCAUUAAGCAUGGUUAAUGGGAAUCUAAGGGAAGCGGAGACAGAGAAAGCUGUGGCCAUUUUCAGAUGGUUCCUUUCUUUACAAACUGCAAGUUAAAAAAGCGUCUCUCCCCUUUUUCAAGAAAAGAACCCAGCUUCCUUGAUUUCCAAGGGUGUCACGAUGCCUAGCUCAUUAAAACUGAAAGGCUUGGAAAUAGUCUCACGCUGCUUUUAUAACAGCGCUUUGCAAUUCCGGCACAAUACGUUCCUAACAGUGCUGAGAACAGCUUUCCUCCCAGCCCGCUUAGGGGGCUCAGCAGAGUCACAGAGCCCCCAUUCCCUGCAGUCGAUGUGCAUCUGUGGUGGUGCUUUUAUUCAAAUACACUUAGCUACUAACUUAGGUCAAUAAUGCAACGUCUUCCCCGUGUCUGACUGCUCUUUUCCCCUCCCACAGGCAAAUUAGCUCCUGUUCUUUGCUUCCUGCUGGAAGACACUCCUGAAUAAACCAUUUCCCCUUGCACACUUGGCUCAGUUUGCUAAAAUUGUGGAAAGCUGUUUGCCUUAUGACCAGAUUUUGGCAACAGGCGGCCAAAACAGAAGGGAGAAUUAACACAACAUAGAGGAGGGAGCAUAGGAAGGAACGAUAGCUCAUGAAGUAGGAAGUCGUUUCAGGAGCACUGUUAUUCCUCACAUAGCCCCACCUUCUUCUGCGCUUUCUUUCCCUCCCCUGCCUCCACGUGCUGCUCUCUAAUACAUCUGCCCAUCUGGAGAAGAAGCUUGUUUUUAUGAGGCAUCGUGAUCCAACUGAAUUGAAACAUGAACUCCCAAAUGACAACGACCCUUCCUGAGGCCACGCAGACUCCUGGGCAGUAACGGGGCCACAGCAGCGAGAUGUGAGCACUGCCAUGCAGGCUUCAUUAUGGAGCUGCGCUGCAGAAGCAGCUUCAGGAGGGAAAUCAAAGCUGUCUGCAGCUGCCUCGUUGUGUUUCGUGUUGCAAAGAUAAGUGUCUGAUAACAGUUGCUGGCCUGGAAAGUUUUCCCAACCCAGCACAGCUAUGUCGACUAGAGGGUGACAAGUGUUGGGACACCAGGGAUACAAUUCCCAGCUCUCUUUUCUGGUUGUCGCAAUGCCAGCUACCAAAGCAUUUCAGUUUGAACGUGCAGGCUCUAAUCAGACUGCAGUUAUGCUCCACUUGGGAGCUCCUCUCAGCUCCCCCAGCACACAACAGCACAGUCUGCACAUCAGAGCAGUGCCACCAGAGCUGCUGCCCUUCCAGCCCUGCUGUUAGCACUCAUGCUUGACAGAGGUCUGACACACAAGAAACUCAAUUCACAGACUUUAGCAGUCGUUUCUAACCUGGCCUUAUCCUUUCAAGCAGUCUUAGGCAAAAUCUGAAGAGACAAGCAGGAAAAUGAGCACAUAAAACUGCAGUCUGGGGUUUGGUAAUGACAUGACCAGGAUCUGUUGGAAAGCAGCAAAGUUAAACCUCACAAAAACAGACAGACAAAUUACUUAAUUUCCAUACAAUUUCUCCUCUUCCAGAGUGGAUGGACACUUCAAAAGACAAGAAGAUACAGCAAGAACUGUUUUUCUCUCUUACAAAUCAAGCUGUUUGAGGCUUUUACAUAAACAGGGUGUAAAUGCCAAACACAGAAGUGCCAUAAAGUUUUACUUUAGCCUCUGACAGCAUAAAAUCAUGGGAGAUGCAGCUGGCACCGAGCUGAUGUACGCCAAUAAACGCUGUGUUUCUUUCAGACACCGAGAGGGACGCAGGGUGGUAGGGAGCAGAGCUCAGAGGGACCCUGGCACCUGUCACUGCCUUUGGGUAAGGGUCACCCCUGACUUCUGCCAGUGUGCAAGCAAGAAGCUGUGCAAGUUAAAUGUCCGUCCCUGGAGCCCCAAAUGCUGAGACGUGGGGCACUGAAUGCCCAAUGCUUCACCUGCAAAGCUCUGUAGCCAGCUACUUUCCAACUCAGGCCUAUUGCACUGGUAGCGAAGUGGUGGAAAUAAAUCAAGGUCAACCAGCAAAAGCACUUAAAAGUCAGGAAAUAAAGUUAUUGAUUUCCCUCC